AUGAGCCAGCAACAGCCAGCAACAGCAGACGAUGUGACAUCCGGUCGACCUCGAUUUAUCAAUGUACUGCCCUUUGAUAUCGUAACCAAGAUCUUUUCACGGCUUUCUCAAGAUGACUGUCUGGAAUGUAUGGCAGUGAGUCGAGCAAUGUACCAAGACGUUCCUUGUUAUUCAACCAGUGUUUGGCGUAAACUAUGGCUGGGCAACCAGCAGCUUGUUCACCAUCAACGUCUUGCUCGUUGUCUUGGGCCACAUGUGGAACAAGUGACACUGGCGUCUUGUCGUUGGGAGGAUGAAGCACACGCGUUCUUGCAAAUGCUUGUGGAACGAGACUGUUUGGAUAUCAGUAGUAUAGAGUUUGCUGAUUGUUACAUCAUUCACGUGGAUACAUUAAUGCAAUUACUGUCACCGUUUCGACGACUACGCCGAUUGUCAUUCUUGCAACAUCCCCGACCCCUUGUUCCCGAGCAAUUGAUCCCACAUUGUACCAAUACCAACAUCACUCACUUAACGGUGGAAGUCGACUAUGAUGCAGGAUCAGAACAAGUCACCUAUCCACCACCACCGCAACCAUCAUCAUCAUCAUCCAUGACAUCGCAAAGUGAUACUAGCAACAACAACAUCAUUUAUCUACGCUGGCAAGAUUAUCGAUUAAAAUACUAUCUCUUUGAAGACAUGGUCAUGCCAACUCUACGCCAUUGCCCCAAUCUUCUCUACUUGAGUACAUCCAGUGCUAUCAUUCGUCGACGCGUGGCCUUGGUGGAUAUUCUUGAGUUAUGUCCCAAACUACGCAUGUUUGAAACGACAUCAUGGUGGGAAGGAUACAAGGAUGAUAUUUGUUCAGCUUUAUCUUCGGUUACAGGUGAUGAUGAUGAUGGUGAUGAUAGUAGUGGUGGUGGUCGUCAUCCACUACGCUACCUUUCUCUCGAGGGAAGUUUUGACGACGAUGGCAACCAUGAUGAUCCACAAAGUCAAUCGGCAUUCAGCAAAUGUAUCGAGGAACGUUGUCAGGCACUUCAAUAUGUGAUGCUUGCAUCCGCAUCUACGUUUGCACUAAGAGCAUUAACGCAAUUGGAACGACUUGCAGCAUUACAUUUACGUCUUCCGAUCUCUUGGGAAAACAAUGCCACGCCCAAUGAUCUCGUUCAUCUUUUCACCAAACUUGCUUCCAAUACCAAACUUCAAGUCCUCAAUCUCGAAGCGGCACAACUCACCACUCGACCUGUUUUGAAUGCAGUCGCCGGUUUAAAGAGUCUCCAAUUUCUCAAUAUCCAACCUGCUCCCGAUAUACAAGAAUCCGAUCUCAUCACAUUUGUGUCAAGCUUGACCCAUUUGGAGGCAUUGACAUUGCACAGCGUAGCCAACGUAUCAAAAAACUUGUUUAACGCCAUCGCCAACCUUGGACAAUUAGCAUCAUUAACACUGGAUGAUUGUGAUCGUGUGGAUGUGGAAGGCACAAGGAUACUUGUUGACAGGAAAGCUAGGAUGAAGGAUAGGAAACAAUUUGUACUACAUACAAUGUAUAGUCGUUUCUCAGAAGAUGAUGGAAUUGAGGAUUAUGCCAAAAAUACCCCUGGUAUCCUUUUUAUUUCUUCUUAA